AUGGCAGAGCCACCCACGAAACGACCUCGCCGCAUCGAUAGUUCAGCAAUGUGGGAUAUGGAAGAUCGGGGGGCACGCUCUCCUGGGGUGGACUCAGACUUUGAUAGGAAUUCUCGACGCGACCCGCCGUCUGACGACGGGCGACGCGGUGGGCCCCGUGAAGACAAGAGAUAUCGCUCUCGAUCCAGAGAUAGACGGGACAAACGAAGAGAGAGAAGCAGGUCUUGGGAUCGCCGCGACCGCGACCGUGACAGAAGAGAUAGAGCCAGCGACGGGCGGGAACCACGGGUUCGUGACAGAAGUGUUAGCCGUGACCGGUACACGGACAGACGAGGCUAUCCUUCUAAGGGUGACAGAUACCGCGACCGUUCUCGAUCACCUAUUCGAAACGGCACUCGGGACAGGACGCCAAUAGGCCGGGGCUCACGCGGGGACCGAAGAAAUGAGCGAAGGGACUACCGUGAUCGAGCGAAUGGCACGUCAGACGGUAAACCCCGAACGGAUCGAGGAAAGGAAGAUGUGAAUAUGGAUUUGGACGAUGGGGAGGAUGACAUCGAAGAACUCAUCCGACGAAGCAUGGGGUUCUCCAAAUUCAGAAGCACAAAGAACACAAAGGUGCCCGGAAACAAUGCCUAUGGCGUGCGCAAGGAGAAGAAGACAGAAUACCGACAGUACAUGAACCGCCAAGGUGGAUUUAAUAGACCUCUUAGUCCCUCCCGGUGA